ACACCCCAUAAAAAAUGUUUGGGACUAUCAAUUUUUUUGUGAAAAUGGCUCCAGAAUGGAUCUCGAUUCUGACAAUCCUUGCACUUGGUACAAACAACCUUGGAAGGUCAUUCUGGCUAGAGAAACAUCAGCUGAAGAAGUCGUAAGUAAAUUGGAGAAAACAGCGAUAGUGACAUUGGCCGCAGUGCCAUGGGAAAAGACUCUUAACGACAUCCUAUUCAGCAAUGACGAUUCGCCGGUCGUUUACAAGGAGCCCGUGUCACCGAUUCACCAUCUCCUCCAAGCCAAAGGUACGGUCGAGCUGCCAAAAUCCGAUUGCGGUCAACCGAUUCGCUGGUGCACAGUGAACAAGCAAGAGCUGAUCAAGUGCAAUUGGACAGCCGCGGCGGCUCGGAGCUUGGGAAUACAACCGGACAUCUCGUGCAUGAUGGCUUUGUCACCCUUCGAGUGCUUCGAUUGGAUAGCCAACAACGACACUGACAUCAUGGCCGUGGACUCGAACUACGGACUUUUGGCCCGAAAUUUGGUGUCUGUAUUCGCAGAAGUUGAUCUGUCGUUUCCAGAUGGAUUUUUAAUUGGAUGUUCAACAAGUGCCUAUCAAAUAGAAGGGGCAUGGAAUAUAUCAGAUAAAGGAGAAAAUGCUUGGGAUAGAUUUACUCACAGUAAACCGUGGAAAAUCGUAGAUAAUUCCAGUGGCGAUGUUGCUUGUGACUCAUACCAUAAGUAUAAAGAAGAUGUCGAAGCAUUAAAAAAAUUAGGUAUGGACUUUUACCGAUUUUCCUUAAGCUGGACCAGAAUACUACCAACUGGUCAUUCAAAUGUUGUCAGUGAAGAUGGCAUAGAAUAUUACAACAACUUAAUUAAUGAAUUGUUGAAACAUAACAUCACGCCAUUUGUUACGAUUUACCAUUGGGAUCACCCCCAAAAGUUUCAAGACAUGGGUGGCUGGUCCAAUGAAGCUAUGGUCAAUUGGUUUGGUGAUUAUGCUAGAGUUGUGUUUCGGGCGUUUGGUGAUAGAGUUAAAAUUUUUUCUACCAUAAAUGAGCCACACGAUGUUUGCAGACAAGAUAUAUUGCACAAAGGAUCAUUUUCACUUGCACUUGGUGCUACAAAUAAUAAAAAUGUUUACUCUACAGAAACAGAAUAUCUUUGCACUCACAACAUCAUUAAAGCUCAUGCUAGAGCAUACCACAUUUACAACGAAGAAUUUAGGUCGAAACAAAAUGGACACAUAGGAAUAGUGUUGAACACAUUUUACUUUUAUCCCGUGCACAAAAGUGACUCGAUCUCUGAUGAAGUAGCUUUCCAAUUCGCAUUCGAUAGAUAUGCUCAUCCAAUUUAUUCACGAGACGGUGAUUAUCCACCUCUUGUCAAACAAAGAGUCGCGGAAAAUAGUAAAUUUGAGGGAUUAGAACGAUCGAGGUUGCCAACUUUUUCAAAAAAAUGGAUUAAGUACAUUAAAGGAACAUUUGAUUUCUUGGGGGUAAAUCAUUAUACUAGUCGCUUAGUAGAGCCGGCUCCAAGAAUAAAUUAUACUAUUUACCCAAACGAUGAUGGAAUAAUAUACAGUAAAGAUCCUGCAUGGCCUAAUACCCCAAGUUCUUGGCUUCAAGUUGUACCAGAAGGAUUAGAAGAUACUUUGAUCAAAAUAAAAAACAAAUACGGAAAUGUAGCGGUGUAUGUUACUGAAAAUGGAAUAUCUGAUAAUGGAAUAUUGGAAGAUUAUCAACGAAUUGAAUAUCAUUAUUUGUACAUGGCAAGUAUGUUUAAAGCAAUAAAAAAUCAUGGAUGUAAUGUUAAAGGUUACUCAGUCUGGAGUCUCUUAGAUAAUUUUGAAUGGAAAGUUGGUUAUACUGAACGGUUUGGACUCUUCCAAGUCAAUUUUACUGAUCUGAACAGGACCAGAAUAGCAAAAAAAUCAGUGGAUUGGUUCAAAGACGUGUUAAAAAAUAAAAGAGUGAUGCCACCGCCAACACUAACUAUCUUUGACAAGAUACCUGUGAGAGCACAAAAAAUUGGGUCUUAA